AUCUUCUUCCUCCUCCUUCCCCCAAACCGCAACAUCAGCAAACCCUUCUCAAAACUGAACUCCCACGAACCACCGCGCCGCGCUCCAAUUCCCGCACGCCGCGCCAUGCUCACCGCCAGCUCGUGAUCCCUGGCCCCUAAAUUCGCACGCCGAGUUCGCCAUGGCGGCGUCGGAGAGGGAGGCCGCCCUCCUCGCCCGCGUGGCCGCGAACCACCUCUUCCUCGCGCAGUUCGAGCCCCUGCGCGCGGCUCUACUCAGCCUCCGCCGCCGCGCCGACCCCGAUCUCGCCGCUGAUUUCCUCCGCGCGGUCGUCGCCUCCGGGGGGCGCGUCCCCGGCGUGCUCUGGUCGGCGCCCCCCGCCUGCCCCUCCCCCUCCCACCUCGCCUGGCUCGCCGCGCUCGAGCUCGCUGCCCUCCCCUCCACCCCCAACCCCGAGGCGCUCCGCAUCAAGGCUGAGUUUCUCCUUCUUCUCCAGACCGUCUACGAUGACCCCGCCACCGGCGACGAGGCCCGGGGGACGCUCGCUAGGCUGCUGGAUUUGGGGGUGGCGAGGCUGAAGCGCGAGGUUGAGAGCUGCAGGGAAGCGACGGUCAGUGUGGAGGAGGUCCCGCUCUCCGAGGAGGUCCCUCUCUCCGAGGAGGAUCUGAGGGGGCUGUGGGGAGUGAUCCUCGAUAAUGCCGAGCUGUUUGAUGCGCUGUGUGCGGGCGUUUCCAAGCAGAUUGGAUUGGACGGGGGUUCCGGGGCAAAUGUGCUUACGUGGCUUCGACGUAGCUUGCAGCUCGCUCACUUGGACGCCAUGAAGGCGCUUGUCGUGGCUGGUGAUUUUGAAAGUGCUACAGGGCAUCUCCGUUUCCUUUGCUUGGAGAAUGGCGUAGAUGAGGACAGUUAUAAGGUUGUCGUAGGAGAUCUUGUCAAAAAGGGCUGGGAGAAAGCAUCAAAUUAUUGUGGAACAUGGUUUGAAUCACGUAAUAGAAUUAUUAAAGUUUAUGGAGCAGCUCUUCAAUCUAGCAGUCCCCAGCUUGUUCAACUAGUUCAGACUGUCCUGGAUGACAUUCUUUCUGAAGAAUUUGAAGAUCACAGUGUCUCUGAUGCUCAUUGGAUGCCUGUUCCUUUCAAAAAGUUUCUGGAAACAUUGUGGUUGGAUAGGGAUGCUGAUUCAGAUGACAGGACCAUCUUGACUGAAGCUAUCAUAUCCUGCAAGAAAGAUUUGUACCAUUAUUCCCGACUCUCUGGAAAACAUGUCCUCGAAGUUGUUAUGGAAACUGCUCUAUCAUUAAUCAAGAGAGAACAACUUCAAGAAGCUGUUAAUGUUGUUUCUUUAUUUCCCCUUCUGCAGCCAUUGGUUGCUGUUUUGGGUUGGGAUAUCCUGAAGGGUAAGACAGCACUGCGGAGAAAGCUAAUGCAGUUGUUCUGGACAAGCAAAUCCCAAGCUCUACGACUAGAAGAAUAUUCACAUUAUCGGAUGCAGACAGAUGAGACAUCAUGCGAGGAGUACUUGUGUGAUCUUUUAUGCUUUCAUCUGGAUCUAGCAUGUUUCGUUUCCAGUGUGAAUUCUGGGCACCCCUGGAAUUUGAGGAAUUCAUUGUUGUUCUCCCAACAAGAGCAAGAUUCAGUUGUUAAUGCAGAAAUAUUAGAUCCUUUUGUUGAGAACAUGAUACUUGAGCGGUUAGCUGUUCAGACUCCCAUGAGAGUGCUGUUUGAUGUAGUCCCAGGAAUAAAGUUUCAAGAUGCAAUUGAGCUUGUUGGUAUGCAACCACUCUCUUCGGCAACUGCAGCUUCGAAGAGGAUGCAUGACAUUGAGCUGAUGCACAUGCGAUAUGCUCUUCAGUCAGUUGCCCUUGCUUUAGGAGAGAUGGAAAAGUGUGGUGAUGGGAAUGAGCACCAUUAUCACAUAGCUCUGUCAUAUUUGAAGGAGAUGCAAAAUUUUAUGGAUGCUAUCAAAAGCAUUCCACGAAAGAUUUUCAUGGGCAGCAUUGUACUAUCAUUAUUACAUAUGGACGACAGUAUCAAGUUGCCGCAAGCUGUCCAUUCAGACUGUGAUAGUAAUACUGAACCUGAAGGGAAGAACAUGGUGAUAUCUUUUGUUGGGCUUCUACUUGACAUACUUCGUCAAAAUGUCCUAUUAAAAGGCCCUGAUAUGGAUCAGCUGUCAAGUACUGGUCUGUCACCUGCUGGCAGGCAAGCAUUAGAGUGGAGACUCAAACACGCUAGACAUUCCAUUGAAGACAUGGAUUGGCGUCUAUCUGUUCUACAACGCCUCCCACCUCUGUCUGGACGACAAUGGAGUUGGAAGGAGGCCUUAGUUGUUUUACGUGCUGCUCCUUCUAAAUUAUUGAACGUAUGCAUGCAAAGGGCAAAUUAUGGUAUAGGAGAGGAAGCUGUACAACGAUUUUCGUUGCCUGCCGAGGAUAAAGCUUCUCUUGAAUUAGCCGAGUGGGUAGCUGGUGCAUACAGAAGAGCAUUGGUCGAGGAUGCUGUAAAUCGUGCCACGGACAACACAAGUGUUGCACAUGAAUCAGAUAUUUUGUCAUUCCGUGCUCAGCUUGGUCCUCUAACUACAAUUCUGCUUUGCAUUGAUGUCGCUGCAACUUCUGCUAGGUCAGGGGAUAUGUGUCGAUUUCUUCUUGAUGAGGCCACAAGCUUGUUAUCUGAAAUAUUUCCUGGAAGCUCUCCAAAAAUAGGCCCGACCUAUUGGGAUCAGAUUCAAGAAGUUGCUAUCAUAUCAGUAGUCAAGCGCAUCCUUCAGCGCCUGAGUGGCAUCUUGGAUCUGGAAGGUCAUCCAUAUCUUCAAGUAGUUUUUACCGAAGUGAGUGCCUCUUUGUCAACUGAAUCUAGCAGAGUUGGACAAAAGCAACGUCCACUUGGACUCCUGCAUCAGAUGAUUGAUGAUGCCUUCAAAGGAAAGCGACAAUUCUUAAAUGGUAAGCUUCAUAAUGUUGCAAGAGCUAUUGUUGAUGAGGAUUCAGAUAAAACUUACUCGAAAGAAGGUAUAAAGUUUGAAAAGAAAGAUGUUCUGAUGUCUGAAAAAGGUGUAGUCCUUGGUCAUGGACUAAGAAUCCUGAAACAAGCGUCAAGGACUGACCCAACAGCUUCAAGUGUUCACGAAAGCAGUCCAGAACACAAAGGUUCCACAAAUAGAUACUUGGGUCCUGUAUCUACCAAGCCAUCGACAUAUUUAUCAAACUUCAUAAUAUAUGUCGCAACCAUUGGUGACAUAGUUGAUGGAGCUGACACUACUCAUGAUUUCAACUACUUCUCAUUGGUGUACGAACGGCCAAAAGAUCUUUUAACUCGUUUAGUUUUUGAGCAUGGAAGCACUGACGCAGCUGCGAAAGUAGCUGACACCAUGGGCGUCGAUUUUGUGCACGAGAUAAUAUCAGCUUGUGUACCACCAGUUCUUCCUCCACGAACAGGACAAGGAUGGGCAUGCAUUCCCAUUUUAACCACCCUUUCAAAUACUACUUCGGGAAAUAGAUCAUCAGUUCCACAUGAUUCAUCAUUGUCUUCUCGUCAGGACCCCCUCUACCCUCUCCAGCUAAAUUUAGUGAAGCAUUUGGCCCAGUUAUCAUCAGUACGAGCAGUUUUGGCAUGUGUUUUUGGAAGCAGCAUCCUAUCUAGUGACAAUGAAUCAUGUCCUACUUACGUGAAAGAUGCAAUGCAAGCAACUGAAGUUGAGAGGUCAUUCUAUGAAUUUGCUCUUGAGCAAUCAGAGAGAUAUCCAACCUUGAACCGGUGGAUACAGAUGCAGUCUAAUCUUCAUCGGGUGUCUGAGUCUGCCGUGACAGUUAAAACUGAAAAUGAAGUUGCAGUGCAUCAAUCCAAAGGAAAAUUUUCUAUCAAGCGAGCUCGUGAACCUGACAGCGAUGCUGAAUCAGAGCUUGAAGAUGUUGCCAUAAAUGGCAAUGCCGCUUCAAGUACACUAGAAUCUCCUGAACAUGAUGCUAAACUAGAGCCAACAGCUUUUAUUUCAUUUGACUGGGAGAAUGAAGGACCAUAUGAGAAAGCUGUUGAGAGGCUAAUUAAUGAAGGAAAACUAACUGAUGCUCUUGCUGUCUCUGACCGCUGUUUGCGCAAUGGAGCUUCUGAUAAAUUGCUUCAAUUGCUGAUUGAUCAAAGUGAAGAAGUAAGUCUAGGCACAGGACAAUUCCGCUCAUAUGGAUCCCGUAAUUUGGGGAAUAAUACUUGGCAGUACUGCUUGAGACUGAGGGACAAAAGCCUUGCAGCUCGGCUUGCUCUGAAGUACCUUCACAGUUGGGACCUUGAUGCUGCAACUAAUGUUCUAACAAUGUGCAUCUGUCACUUGCCUGAGAAUGAUCCUGUACGGAGUAAGGUGCUACAGAUGAAGCAAUCUCUACAGCGGUAUGGUCAUAUUAUGAAUGCUGAUGACCGUUACACCAGAUGGCAAGAGGUCGAAAUCCAUUGCGAAGAUGAUCCAGAGGGCUUAGCACUUAGACUUGCUGCCAAAGGAGCUGUAUCUGCUGCUCUACAAGUCGCUGAAAGUGCCUCUCUGUCAAUUGAUUUGCGGAGGGAACUGCAAGGCCGCCAGCUUGUCAAACUUCUUACCACCGAUCCACUUAGUGGUGGAGGCCCAGCCGCAGCAUCACGGUUUCUGUCAACCUUACGAGAUUCGAAUGACGCUCUUCCUGUUGCCAUUGGCGCCAUGAAGUUAUUACCUGACUUGCGUUCGAAGCAGCUUCUUGUGCAUUUUUUUCUCAAACGCACAGUUGGGAAUUUAUCAGAUGCUGAGAUUGCUCGACUUAAUUCAUGGGCCUUAGGUCUUCGUGUUCUCUCCUUAUUGCCAUUGCCAUCACAACAGCGUUGCUCUUCUCUGCAUGAACAUCCUCAUUUAAUUGUGGAAGUACUAUUAAUGAUGAAGCAACUCGAGUCUGCUUCUUCGGUUUUGAAAGAAUUUCCAUCCUUGAGGGAUGACAAGUUAAUUAUUGCUUAUGCUAAGAAAGCAAUCUCCGUCAAUGUUGACUCUACUACUAGGGAACCUCGACUGACCAUCUCUGCGUCACGAGCAAAGCAAAAAAAGGUUGCUGCACCAGCUAAAACAAAUUUUGUGCAGAGUUUUGGCAACUUUCAGAGAGAGGCACGCAAAGCAUUCUCAUGGGUGCCCCGCGAUGGUGGUGCCAAAACACCCCCAAAAGAUAUUCCCCGGAAAAGAAAGAGUUCAGGUUCAGGGGGUGAUAGAUCCUCUUGGGAAGCGAUGCCUGUUGUACAAGAGGAGCAGACACCUACAUACCCGUCUGAAGGACAAGAUAGACUUCCUUUUGUUUCUGCUCCUGAGGAGUGGGUACUUACUGGAGAUCCUGACAGGGAUAACACGACCCGUGCAUGCCAUAGAUAUGAAUCUUCUCCAGAUAUCACACUAUUCAAGGCAUUGCUUUCACUGUGCACCGAUGAGUUGGUAGCUGGAAAAGGUGCACUUGAAUUAUGUAUGAGUCAGAUGAAGGUUGUAUUAAGCUCCCUGCAAUUGCCUUUGAAUGCAUCUAUGGACAACGUAGCCCGGGCUUAUCACGCGACAGAAACUUAUGUGCAGGCAAUAUCUUAUGCAAAAAAUCGUAUAAAAAGGCUCAUGGGGAGUAGUUAUUUGUCAAGUGGCUCUGAAAGAAGUAGAGAUGCUGAUGAUAUAUCUGUGGACGCUGGCAGUUCAAGCACUGGGAGCCAACAUCAAGAUGAGCUGUUUGAUCUUCUUGCUCAAGCAGAUAUGUGGCUAGGGCGUGCCGAGCUUCUUCAGAGCCUGCUGGGAUCAGGUAUUAUUGCAUCACUUGAUGAUAUCGCUGACAAAGAAUCUUCAACUAGUCUGCGUGAUAGGCUGGUCAGCGAUGAGCGAUACAGCAUGGCUGUAUAUACUUCUAAGAAGUGCAAGAUUGAUCCUUUUCCAGUGUGGGUUGCAUGGGGGCAUGCUCUAGUCCGAAUGGAGCACUACGCUCAAGCCCGCGUGAAAUUUAAGCAAGCUCUUCAACAGUUCAAAGGCGAUGCACCUCCUGUUGUCCUCGAUAUCAUUAACACAAUUGAAGGAGGUCCUCCUGUUGAUGUUUCUUCUGUCCGCUCUAUGUAUGAACAUUUAGCAAAAAGUGCAGCAACCAUCUUUGAUGAUUCCCUUUCUGCCGAUUCUUAUCUUAAUGUUUUAUAUAUGCCAUCCACAUUCCCACGAUCUGAGAGGUCCAGGCAAUCCAGAGAUUCUCUAGAUAGCCAAAUUUCAUCUGCUAGCUCGUAUCUUGAAGAUGGACCUCGCAGCAAUCUUGAUAGCAUUCGCUAUGCAGAGUGUAUUCAUUACUUGCAAGAAUAUGCUCGCCCACAAAUGCUUGCUUUCAUGUUCAGGCAUGGUCAUUAUGCGGAAGCAUGCUCUCUAUUUUUCCCAUCCAAUGAGCCAACCGUAGAAGGGGAAGCAUCUUUGUCUUCAGUUCCACGAAGUGAUCCUUUAACAACUGAUUAUGGAACAAUUGAUGACUUGUGUGAUCUAUGUCUUGGAUAUGGCGCUAUGCCGGUAUUGGAGGAUACAAUAUUGGCAGUAACUCAAUCACCGACUUAUAAUGACACAGCUGUGAUUCAGUACAUGAAUGCUGUUCUCACUCGCAUUUGUAACUAUUGUGAAACACAUCGGCACUUUAACUAUCUUUACAGCUUUCUGGCUCUAAAAGGUGACCAUGUUGCUUCUGGCCUUUGCUGUAUCCAGUUAUUCGUGAAUUCAAUGUCCCAGGAGGAAUCUCUGAAGCAUUUGGGACACGCCAAGACACAUUUUGAGGAAGCCUUAUCUGUACGAGAUAGAACAAUUGAGGCUACAAAAUUGGUAUCGCGGACUGCGCGCAAUAAGAGUGCAUCGGAGAAACUAACUAGAGAGAUGAUAAUGAAAUUUUCUACUAGGGUCUCCUAUCAGAUGGAUGUAGUGAAGGCCCUGAACAGUGUAGAUGGUCCUCAGUGGAAAACCUCCCUAUUUGGGAAUCCAACUGACCCUGAAACUCUGAGGCGAAGGUGCAUGGUUGUUGAAACUCUGGCUGAAAAACAUUUUGACUUGGCUUAUAGAAUGCUUCACGAGUUUGAUCUUCCAGUUGUUGGUAUCUAUGCCGGUGUAGCAGCAUCGCUUGCAGAGAGGAAAAAAGGUGGCCAAUUAACGGAGUUCUUGAAGAACAUAAGAGGAACCAUAGAAGAUGAUGAAUGGGAUCAGGUUCUGGGCGCUGCUAUAAAUGUCUAUGCUAACAAGCAUAAGGAAAGGCCAGAUCGACUUAUUGACAUGCUAAUCAGCAAUCACAGGAAAGUACUUGCCUGCGUUGUUUGUGGCCGUCUAAAAAGUGCAUUCCAAAUAGCCUCACGAAGUGGAAGUGUAGCUGAUGUUCAAUAUGUUGCCCAUCAGGCAUUACAUGCGAAUGCAUUGCCGGUUCUUGAUAUGUGCAAGCAAUGGCUGGCUCAGUACAUGUAACUCAAAAGUGUUCUGACCCAAUGGAUGCCGAGGAGAAUUUUGAUCAUAGCAAAGAAAACAAAGCGUUGACCUCACUGAACGUAAUUCUCCUCUGUGCCUAGCUGGGUUUGUGCGGAGAGCAAAAUCAGAACGAGAAGCAAAUUACGUCAAGGCGUACAGUUCUUGCUCGUAUCAGCGCGUGUACUGCAUGCGCAGGUGGAUGUGCUGUGUAUAUAUGUUCUUGUGAGUGGCUCUUGAUGCAUUCAUACAUGGGAGUGCAUGCAUGCUUGAUGUGAUGUAAAUUUUGUAGUUCCAUUGCCUCCAUCGAAGUAUGAUGGGCAAUUCUACAACUAGGGUUAGGCAAACCAGAAAGGGGCUAGUUCUUACUUUAGUGAAUGUUUCUUGUAAAAAGUUUUGGCUGAUCCUCUUUAUUUUUUGCGGGGCAAGUUUUGGCUGAACCUUAACCCCUGACCGUUUGGCUGCUUAUAUGCUCAGCAGUUCGAAGAAAUCUAGGUACAUGUUUGUAUAGCAAAAUAGUUACAUUUGAACCGUGCCUGCCAUCUGAAGCAGCAGCUGUGAAUUCAUGAUUUUUUUACCACAUGAGAAGAAAAAGAAAGUCUCAAUAUAUGGUGUAUCAGCUUGUAUUUA